GUACUUUGCGCGCACAUUUCGUUUUAUGGCCCACUUGGUCGGUCGAAGUAUUUUGCAUUUUAUUGUAAAAAAAGUGGAAUUACUUGCGGAACUCAAGUAUUAUUAAAGCCGUCAGCGUAUCAGUCAUUAUUGGUAACCAGAUUACUGUUUGCAGCAUCCCAGUACUAUGAAAAUUUUUGUGAACACAUAAUUGUCAAAUACUUUACGAUGAGCUGCAGAUGGACUCGAUUUAUUUACUCAGAGAUGUUACUAAUUUACAUUCAAAUUCUUAAGUAAUGUUAGACAGAAUAUGACAUUUGUCUUACAUAGAAAUCGUCUCUGAGUAUUUCAAGAUAAUAUGAUUGUCCCAAAUUAAAAAAGGAUGCAACACUUCUGGAGCUGGUAGAUAUCAAAUUGGCAUAAAAAUUAAAUGCAUCUAUGUCAAACAAAAGCAACACUUAGAGCACCAACCCAGACAACAAAGUCGUGUGAAUCUCAGUAUAGCUGCCCCGCACCAUGUGAUGGUAUUUUGCAUAAUGCAGAUAACCUUACUAAUUCUGCUGAUAAUAGUUUUUUGAGUUCUUCUGCAAAAGAUUCCUCCAGCAAUUUUAAUAUUAAUGACUCCAUGAAUGAGGUUCAAAGCCAUCUUUCCAUCCUAGGGUCAAAUAAUCAAAUCCAAUCACUUCCAAAGGAAGCGAAAGAGCAGUCUGAUAUCAUUAAGAAACUAGUUGAUUCUGGAAGUCAUAUGAGCGAUUUGACUUUACAAUGUAUGGAUAAUUAUUACGAUGAUGAAGAUGACGAUGCCUUGUUAGCAAGAGAGUUCAACCAAGAACCUGUAGGAUUUGAGGGUAGUCCAGGUGAUUGUGAAUCGGGAGAUUAUGAUAUUGGAACAUUUUCCCUUACUUCAGUUGAUGGUAGAGCCGUCAAAGAAGAGUCCAUUCCUCUUUUUGCACGUUACCGACCUUCUCCACCACCUCCACUUUCCAGGGGACAAAUACUAUUUUCUCCUAACUUACGUAAUCAGUCGUUAGAAGUUUCAGAGCAACCGUCAAGGUUUAUCAAUUCGGAGUGUCUUCCACCACAGAUCAAAGGGUAUUCUCAACUUCAAAUGAGUGAUUUAGAAACUGUCGACGAUGACAACCCAUCUAGUCGCAGAUGGUUCUCUGAGGAUGAAGCUGGUGAUGUAAACCAAACUUUAUAUCACCGUGUCAUGGAGGAACCUUCGCCUUUUGUUGGUUUGUCUACAACGUUGUCCCCUAUCGCACUGACGUUGGACACGGGUGUUAUAACUUCUUCGUCGCUUUCCUUGUCUUCAGCUUUAUCCAGAGUAGCUGCAGAUGACCAAGUUUCACUUCGACUUACCACUUCAUCUAGUACAAGAAAUAGUGCUAGUACUAAUCCUGUUAAUAGUCCACCUUUACAAGCUUCAACAUCAUCUUCAUAUGGUCAACUUAGUCAGCCUAUUUGUGAUAGCCGACCACUUACCUCAGUUACUUAUAAUUCAGACCCAGUAAUUUCUUCUUGUUCCAAAAUAACUUUCUCUCAUAUCCCAGAUGACCCUUCUAUUAGCGCUCGUCAAAGAUUAAUGGGAGCGUCCGCUGCAGCAGCUAUCUUGGCUGCAUCAGCAUAUGCUGCGCAAAACUACCCUGCAAAAUUGAACAACUACAAAGACAUGGUUAAUUUAAAGGAGCAGGAUGUGAUUCAUUUACGUCAGUUACCACAACACUCAGCAUUAAUUAAUGAUCUUUGUCUAAAUUCACCACUUUUACAAAUCCAAUCAAGCUCACACACUGCAAUGUCCUCUCUCAGACGCCGUGAUCCUUGGUCCAUUCCUUUAAGAAAAAUGUCUGUAAAUCUAAUACAAACGUACAAACACAUAAACGAGGUGUACUAUCGUAAGAAGCGACGACUUCGCGAACAACAGCGUCAAACAAAUGAAGCUUCUGCUACAGUUCCUGAAGUACCUUACCUUCAAAAAGUUCGCACACCUGAACAUGAUCUAUUGCUUGGUGAUCACCUGGAUUCAUUUUGGAGGAUGCCGGAUAGUAGUGAAGCGUGUAUCAAAACACAACCAAUGUAUGACCAUGGCACUUUGGGUGGUAUUACUAGGACCACAGAACACCAAUCAUUCCCUUCAGGUGUUUCAGUUCAACAUAGUUCUACGACUUCUAACAAUGCUAUGAACGUGCCUACAAAUUACAAUGUAGGUUCAGCUAUUCAGUCACAAACGUUUCCAUGCAACAACUCUGUUGUGUCUUUCGAAAGCUCGCCUCACCCUCGACAUUGGGCCGUACCGAAUGUACUUCGAGUGAAUUCAGAUCAAAUAGUACAACCUUAUCUAUAUGAUUCAACCACGUUAAAUGGAGUUACAAAUCGCUUUUCUACACUAGAUAUUUCUGAGUCUGUCUAUGACACCGGUAAUGUACAAAUAGAUUCAAGAUUCAUGCCUGUUACCCUCAAUAAUGUUUGGCUACCAACAAGCAGUUCCGGUGCAACUGCAACACAUAUUUCUAGACCACUCCUACUGGAAAGUGGGAAGUCGGUAGUUCGUGACCAAAGAGAUCCACGUGGUUCUACUAACCAGAGAGAUACUGAGCCCCAUUCCACACAUUUGCAACACAUAUUCCCAUAUCAAUCUUUUCUGCCGUCAAAGACAGACUUCCCCCCUUAUAUGGAGCAAAAUCCAUUGUCUCUAGACAACAACAUUCGUUCAAAAAACUCAUCUCAAAUCCCUCUGUGUCUUUUGUCAACAACAGAAACUAGGAAUACCAGUAUCACCACCACUGAAGGAUUUUAUCAGAAUCAAUUCAAUUUAGAUAUUACGAAACCAAUCAAUCCACAUCAUUCAAUUUCUUUCCCGGUUGGAAAUUUCAGUUCCUCGAAUUGUACACAUAACAAUAGUUUAAGAUCAUCAGCAUGUUAUUAUAAUUUAACACCGCUUGAUUCAAUAUCCCCGACUAAUAGUCGAAUAUCUGGGAUGUUUCUAAAUACGCAUCAACAUACUGCAAAUACGUGUCCUGUUAGUCAUAGUCAAAAUAAUUUGGUGUCAACUUCUGUAACUUCACCGUCAUAUAUGUCUGGUUUUCGUCAACGUUUCAACCUCACGUCACAAAGUCAAGAUGCUUUAGCAAAUACAAGAACAUCACCACAUGACAACAUCCUUGGGGUUACUAGCAUUAGUCCUAUCAGCCCGCCUUUGCCAUCCAUUUUUUCCGGUCACGUGUCUAAUCCAGCUUUAAUUACAUCUUUAAGCACAUGCGUUGCACGACCUCAUGAAGGUAAUGUAAAUCAACUGUAUCCAUUUGGUUUGUCUACUAAUGAAGUGUUGCACUCUUCUUAUGCACAAAAUGCUCUGUCAAAAUCCACAAAUGUUACAUAUGUAAAUCAACCUAUGUUUUUCAACUCGGCACUGUCAAAUCAGUUUGUUCACCGUUCUGGUAUAAAUCAAAUAGGGACCAAGGUGGCGAUCACAAACUCAGACAUUCCUGGGACAUCAACAACAGUCUUAUCAGCAGCUAGUGCAACAGGGCAACAAUCAUCUGUGAUAUCCGGUUCAAGCAAAAUUAGUAUAGUAAAUAGUUCUACUAGUACUACUACUACCACUCAUCAUGUAGAUCGUCGUCAUACAGAUAGCAAUUAUGAUUACAUUGUUAGGCCCGGUGAGGUAUGGAUGGGACAAUACUUAAUCAACAAUCUUAUUGGGAAAGGAUCGUUUGGUCAGGUAAUGAAAGCACAUGAUUGUAUUUCAAAUGAAGAUGUGGCUAUUAAAAUUAUCAAAAAUAAACGUGCAUUCACUAAUCAAGCUCAAGUUGAAAUUCGUUUACUACGUGAAAUGAAUCAUUUUGUUGAAGAAGCUGCUGAAACUGGGAAAGAACCACCACCUGGAUCUAAUUUGAUUGUUCGUUUACUUACUCAUUUCACAUUCAGAGGUCAUUUAUGUCUGGUAUUCGAGUUACUUUCAUACAAUUUGUAUGAUCUUUUAAGAAAUACAAAUUUCCAUGGUGUUUCAUUGGGUUUAACAAGAAAAUUCGCUCAACAAUUAUGCUGCGCAUUAGAUUUUUUAUCUAGACCUGAAUUACAAAUCAUACAUUGUGAUUUAAAACCGGAAAACAUUCUACUUGUCAAUCCUAAACGCUCAACCAUAAAAUUAGUGGAUUUCGGAAGCUCUUGCCAUAUGAAUGAGAAGAUUUAUCAGUAUAUCCAAUCACGCUAUUAUCGUUCGCCAGAUGUUCUUCUAGGAUUAGAUUAUACAAUGAGUAUUGAUAUGUGGUCUUUGGGAUGUAUUCUAGUUGAAUUACACACUGGGGAACCUUUAUUCGCUGGACAAAACGAGGUUGGACAAAUGAUGAAAAUUAUUGAAGUUCUUGGUAUGCCACCCCGGUUACUACUAGAAAAAAGUCGUCGUUGGCAUGUAUUUUUUGAACGAACAGUUGAUCGCACUUAUGUACCUAAAGCUGCUUGCCAGCAACCAGGUAGUCGUCGUCUUUCUGAAAUUUUGGGUGUCAAUACUGGAGGACCACGUGGGCGACGUUUACAUGAAUCUGGUCACACCCCAAUGGACUACAGCAUCUUCUUAGAGUUUGUACUGCGAAUGCUUACUUUCGAUCCAGCUCGACGCAUUAGUCCUGCCGCAGCAUUAGGUCACCGGUUUUUUCGACGUUCAAAUUCAAAUCCAGUGCCUUCUGGUGCCAACGUACUACAAUCGGGUCAGUGUGAUUCUGUUUCAAACGCUCCAGUUCUAGUUUGUCCCCCUCCUAACCAUUGGGCCAGUUUUGUCGAUAAUCCAACAUCUAAUCUAGUGCACAAUCAUUUGAAUAACUUACGAGUUUCUGGACACUCUGGUGUUGGUUUGGUCAAUCGAACAACUGAACAUUUAGAACUCAUGCGGAUUCAACAACAACCCAUGCGAAGUGCAGUCACUGGUUCUGUUAUGGUUUCACAGCCUCGCUCCAUCCCAAUUAUAUCUAAUGAUGGUGUGAUAACACAAAUUGCUGAACCGCUCUCACCUCUUUUAUAUGGAUAUCACGGACCAUUUCAUGUUCAUUCUAAUCCAGGUCCUCUACCUCUUCAAAUUUCUCGUGUCAACCCAACGCACCUUAUGCAAAGCGUUCAUUGCUUACCCUCGGUAAACCAAACGCAUACUAUGCCAGCCACAGCAAUUUCAACUACUUUUACCGAUUCAACUCACUUUCAUCAUCCAUAUUAUAUCGAAUCUGGAAUGUAUGCUUAUCCUCAACAACCUAUCCAAUUAACAUGGAUCAGUGGGUUAGGUGAACAUCAUUCAAUUAGUUCUACCGCAUGUCUUACAUCUCCUGAUAUAAUGAAUGUAGCUUCUGCUUCUCCCGGAGUUUGGCGUUAAAUUCCAAGACGAAAAACAAAGGGUAACAGUAAUAGGUUUGCUAAUGCAUUGAAAAUUUUCCAUUAUUUCUUAUUCGCCUCAAAAAAUAGCCGUUCUGUGAUGCGAAUCAACAUGUCCACAAUUAAAAAUAUAUUCAUUGGGUUUUGUUUUAACUCAUGUAUAUGCAUCUGACGAUAUACCAUAUAUAUAUAUGAUUCUUUGCAAAAUCUUCCCUUACCGGUUUUCUAUUGUACAGUCAUUUUUGUCUGUUUUACAAUUUUGUUUCUCUUCUUUUCUAUAAUUCGGAUGUGCGUAGUAUCUGUGUUUUAUGUUCAAAUCUCAAAAUAUUCAUUUACUCUCUUUUAACUGUGAUUUUGCUGUGACACUCGCACAUUGUACUACUGAAUAUAAAUUACUUUUAUCCCAAACAAUUAAGAAACUGACUAACAGAUAUUUCCACAUUUAAUAUUACUGUAUACACAUACAUAUGUAAUUCUUCAUAGUAAUAUUAUUUUUUAAAAAUUACAUGUUAUGCAUUAAUGCUCCUUUAUUCGAAUAUUAAAAAUUAUUCGUUUACAACGUGUGCAUUAGGCAAGUGCAUUUGAAUGCUUUGAAAUUCCCGACUUAGGAUUAUAGAAAAUGUCGCAUUCAGAAUCAAACAUUGAUAUGAGUGCACCAUUUUCUAAUAUAUAUAAGUUAUAUAGCAUAUACGUAUUCGUGUAUACACAAGCUUUGAGCAAAUCUAGGUAGAACAGAUUCCCUUACAAAUUUUUAUGAUUCCUUAUAUUAUUAUAUCUUAGUUCUUUUCUCUAUUGAAUUGAAUUAAUUGUCUAAUCGAGUAUGUUUUAUGUUGAUCUGUUUCUUUAUUUCGUUGAUUUUUUUAUGUCAAUGCGUACAAAUAUGUACCACUUACAUUCCUGUUUACGGAGACAAAAUAUUUGAAAACUAAAUCCACUUUCAGCUGAAGUAAAAAAAUAACCUUAACCAUUUCGUGAUAUGUAUCUUUUUUCACCCAUAUUCUCCCGGAACCCUAUUGUGUAUGUCCGUGAAUAUACAGAUGUCUUUGUGUUCGCGUAUGUACAUUCUUUAUUCUGCAAAUAUUCUAGUUAAUGAAUCUAAAACUAUUCAGGAAUAACAACUGAUUUUUUCCGUGCAGUAUAAAGGAAAUGCUUCUAUUUGAUUUGUGGUGAUUUUUCUUACAUUACUUCUAAUUAUCAUAAAAUGUCGUUCUUGUU